AUGCUCAAAGCACGCAUGCAGGAAGGCAACCUCCCCCAUUGUGACAUAAAGAACGAUGUCAUUGGCUACGAACCAGAGGGCGAGGCCAAGAUGGCGCAAGCGGUUCUAGCCGGCUUCCCUUGUCAGGGAGUUUCCCAAGCCGGUUUCCAGAGCGGCAUGCAAGACGAUCGCAGCAUGCUCAUCAAGAGCGUGUUCGAAUGCUUCGACAAACUCCCGAAAGGGAAGUACAUGCUGAUCGAAAACGUGGGAGCAUUGCUUCAUCAAACACCCAGCUGCCGGACAAUGUUGAACUUCAUUCAGAAG